AUGGCGCACGACUCAAAGAAAAACGAUCAAAAUUCAAAACCAACAACCUGGGAGCCUUUUCCUUCGCGUGAAAAAUUACAGGAAUUUUUGAAUUCCGAUAAUACUGACGAUGCGUUAUAUCAAGGAAUAUAUAGAAUUCGAAAACAAUUGACAGAUGGAAUCAAGAAAAUUAGUGCUGGUGAUGUUUCAGCAGAUAAUCGAUUAUCAGCAAUUUACGAUUAUUUAAUGAGUUCUUCGGAAUGUCGUGAAUUAUUUAAAAUUUGGGACACACAAAUAGCUAAUGACAUGACAAAGCUUGAGACUUCUAUACUAGAACUUUUCGCUAAACUCAUUCAAUACACAUCAAUUGUCUCAUCUUUGCGAUCUACCGGAACAAUAUUAAUUCGCAAUAUCUUGAAAAAUUACAUGAGAACACUAAUACGGAAUUUGUCAUGUACUCGACUACCAACCGUUCAAGCAACUCUCAAACUAUUAUUAGCAAUGAAUUCACACGAGAUCGCUAUUACUAGAGAAUUAUACGCGGAGUUUCCUUUUGGAUCGAAUAGUUUGAUUAGAUUAUUAAAUAUAAGAAAAAACGACAAAGCUGCUUACCAUUACGAUGUUCGCACAUUAUACAUUCGGUUCGUCCUGUCAUUUUUCGUGCAUGGUGAUGCUCAAAUCAAGUCGAACGUUCUCGAGAAUAAGAACUUUGCAAACCUAAUAUUCAAAGGAUUGAUUAAGGAUCCAUAUGAGAUGGUGGACGAGGUUUUGACUAAAAUAUACGAUUACGUGAUUUCCGACGAUAAAAUCAAUAGGGUAACUAAAAUUUCAUUUUUUAGUCACACCGUGCUAAAUCAAAUUUUACAACUUUAUUCCAGGUGCAAUUCGGAACCGCCGGAAUCAAAAAACGUUGUUGCGAAUGUAGCUCACCGAUUUCUAUUGUCAAUAUGUUGUAAUCCGGGUACAGGAAUAUGCUUCCAUGAUUCUGGAUGGUACCCCGCGAAUGUUUCAUCAACAUCUUCACACAACGCCGAAAAGUCUACUAAUUACAGAAAAGAUCGAGUGCACAAUGUUAUAUUAUCUUCCUUCAUAAAAAUCUUGAAUCCUGCUGAAGAUCUGAGACAGCGAGAAUUACUAUUGAAAAUUUUAGAGGCUUGCCCAGAAUUGAUUCAAGUUUAUUGGCAAAAUGCAAAAAACCUCUUUGGUUCCCCUUUCCUUUCGUACAGAUGGCUGGCAAAUAUUAGUUUACUUCAAAAGAUAAUAUUCUUGCCUGUCCCAAAAUUCUACAAUCCAGAGGGAACGAACAUUUGUCCCAAAAUACCACCCAAAGUCAAUACCAUUAUGGAAAACAUAUUGCCUCGAGUUUUUGACCGCUCGACUUUAAGCAAAUGUCUAGUUAACAGCAGCCCAUUGGUCAAUUACAACACUAUGAUUACAUUGUGUAUAUCCUUUCAAAAGUUGGAUAAGGUUUUGCAAACUUUUAGCAAGGUCAUUGAUAAUUUGGAUGUUUUCAAAUCAGACACAGAUGAUGUUGCACCGUCGUCUCUGUGGCGGAAAACGGUUGAAAAUGUGCUUGAAGAGAUGAAACGGAGAGUUCCUGAUAUUCAGAUUUUUCUCAGGCAUCUUAGUCUCACAUUAUCUGGCAAGCAAAAAUUUUCAUCAUCCAUAAUGACCGAUGGUGUCGAUGGUGAACAAAUAAGAAAUAACAUAUUUCAGGAAACAGUUCUGAAGCUACUCAAGUAUUAUCAUCGAUAUUUACCCGAGGCUAUUAUGGAAACCAAAUUCGACAUAGGCAAUUUCAUUCCAGCUAAUCUUGGUCAGAUUCAUGUGGGGACCCAGCUUAACCUAUUGGAGUUAUUGAAUAUUAUCCCGGAUUUCAACUUUUCAACAAAAUCAGAAAAUAAUCACUUGGUUACUUUUUUGAGUUUGUACAUAUGCACUCCAUAUUCCCAGAUUCGUUCGUGUACAGAGAAUGUUCUUGAAAAUCUACUUUCCAAGUCCAUCACAUUUCAGCACGAUCCUCAUGAACUAUUUAUUUGGCUUGAAUCACUACCACAAGUUUUUCCAGAGGACAACAGCGUACAAGACUUAAACGAUCAUUUUUCGGUCAUAAGAUUUCUCGGUGAAAGUAUCGAAACCUUUCUCAAAAAUCCAUUUCCUUAUAUUGAUGAGUUGAAUCAAGUCGUGCUUUGUGGAGUAUCGAAGGAUAAUAAUAAUGAUGAUACAAUGGAGUCCGUUGAAAUGGAGAACGAGCAAGGUGUUGAUGCUUUAUUGGAGGAGAGAUUAAAAAAAACUUAUUUGUCUAAUUCUUAUCCCUUCAGUCCAUUAUUGGUCACCAUGAUGAAAAAAUACCGAGAAAAUAAAAAUAACCUUAAUAUUAUGUCAUUUAUAAAUGUAUUAUUUCGAAAUUUAUUAUAUAAACAACCCACGCCGAGAUACCUGAACACCUAUGUAGGUUGCCUGAGGGAUUGUAUUAACGCAGACGUUUCAAAGGACGUGUACAGGAAAGGACGUUGGGAUAUCGCAGAUUAUGUUAUAAACAUCGAUAUCUUUUUUCAACAAUAUGCCACUCUAAAAAGAUCAUGCGUUAGCCUGGAACCUACCGAAUAUGAUAAUAGAGAGGAAUCGAUGGUGAAAAAUGUUCUUAAAGAUAUAAAUCCUAUCAGCGUGAAUACAGCCAGAGUCAAAUUUCUUGAGCUGAUGUCAAACAUACCGGUUUCAAUUAUAAAUCGGUAUUUUUUGGAUUUAGCAAAUUAUUGCAAAAGUGUGCUCGGAUGGGUAAGAUUUGAACCAUUUAAGCAAUAUUUAAACUGCAGACUACCAGGUUGCGGUAGCCUUUUUGAUUUUCAAGAUAUUAGCCUUAUUUUAAAAGAAAUUGAUGUAGAGAGGUCAACCACAAGUGUUGAUACAAAGAAGAGUAGUGUUAAGGAAAAAAGCUAUCGGAAAAUUUUAGUAGAGUCUUUGUUCGACACGUUUUCCUUUUCCGACCUUUUUGCAAACGCCCUAUUUCACAUGGAUAAUCCAUUAAUAGAAUCUAUUCUAAGAAAAUCUUUGUCUUCUUGUCCGCCAAGGCAGCUUCCACUUGCCUCUCGUCACAUAAUGUUAUGCAUCAAUUGCAUCUUCGAUAACUUUCUUGAUGCAAAUUUAUCGGCAUUGAGAUUAUGCUUUGAUUUACUCAAAGAACUAGUCAUAAAAGUAAUAACCGAUUCUUCCGAAGAAACCGCGCUAAUAUCGGAUUAUGUUGUCGAAUUGGUGUUUCGAUGGCCUUUGUUGAAAGAAUUAUUUUUGCUGAAAACUGAAAAGUCUUGGAGCGCAGAUAAAAUGGUUUUCUCUCUGUUAGAUUGCUUGGAUCAAUUGUUUUACAAAAAUAAGAUUGCUGAUGAAAGCUGGAGAAAAAGGAGUUCAACGGCAAUAAAGUACCUCGUUAUGUUCAAGGAUAUUCUCUUGAAUAAAAUCUAUAAUAUAAUAAAGGGCGUGGAAACAGGAGUUAUUCCUUUAGGCGUUCUUUCGGAAAAUAUAGGAACUACACUAUCAAAAUUUGUCAGUCUUUUGGAAGUAUCGGAAUUAUCACAAAUUCUGAUGCUUAUCUUAAAUAUUGGCAUUCUUGAUGUUUCAUUUUUGUCGGAGGAAGUCACCGUAAAUCAAUAUAAAGUCCUUUUGUCGCAUGUGCUAAGCGCGAUUUCUCAUAACAAUUUGAGAAAUAUCAUCGACGAUAAUGUUGUCAAGAAGUUAAUAUAUAUCUGGGGGAUCUACUCUUCUCGAGAAAUGGAUAAUCUUCUACUACAGAUAGUGAUGGUGUGCAUUCCUCCCGGACUCAUAGAACCAAUUGACACAAUGGAUUUUAAAAAAAUGCACCCAUACUUGCCACCGACUUGGGCAAAGAAUUUUGAUAAAAGUUUGGUGCAAGAUUUGGUCGACAACAUGAACGAUACUAGAUCUCGGAUAUUGGGAAUUCUCUUGACGAUCAAUUCAGAUAUCAGACUAGAAUUUGUUUCUAAGAUCUUAAGCACACCAAACUUACUAGAUCCCUUGUCCAUCAGCGAAAUUCUAAGUUUAUUAACCGCGUUCUUUAAGGUAGUCGCAACGAAUUCGGAUCUACAGUUUACCUGGUCGUCAAUAGCAACAUAUGAUGACAAGCGAGCAGUUUUCUCAUUAUCCGAAAAAUAUGGAUGUCAAUUAUUUCAACAAACAUCCUCUCAAACGUUAAGGGCGAUACCUUCCGGAUUUUCUGUAGCAACCUGUGCAUUCUUGAGUUUGAGCCCAUCUUCACAAUUGAUUAGUACUCUGGAGCGCUUAAUAACGAAUGGGUCAUCAAUUGUUUUCGGUGUUGAUUCUCUGAGUGUCAUAGAAUGUUACCUCGAAAGAAAUCAUGGUGAUUUGGAUGAAUUAAACCUCAAGGAAUUUCUUUCCAACAUUUUUCAUCAAGCCACAUUAUUCAUGGAAAAUGAGGUUUUCAAAACUUGCGAACAUGAUACAUUAGUGGCACUUUUCAAUCGGAUAAAUAAUUUGAUUAGGUUUAUACCUAGAAAUAGAAACCUGGAUGCUAAUAUCAUUGGGGAAUUUAUUUUCGUUCUGCUGGAGAAAAAGUUUGAAGAAUCGAUCGUCUUGAAAUGCGUGGCUUCAUUAAUUUCUUCAGAAUAUAAUAAAGAGCAUUUACUUGGCCCUCCCUUGGAUCGAGUCGUGGAAGCCAUCAUCAACAAUAGUCAAUUCAAAAUUUUGGCUGGCAUCCCAGAUAUAUCUAAAAGAGCAACCGAAUCUCCAACUUUUCUAAUAAGAUUGAUGAUAUGUAGUUUGCUUAACUUGAUAUUUCGCACGAGUCCCGCAGUAUGUUGUAAGAGUUCAUUCUUGAGUUCACUUCUUUCAUGUUAUGGUGCUUCGACCUCUUUGGCGGACCAAUUGCUCCUUGACAUUUUCAUACUAUACGAAAAAUCAAGCGGUUCAUCAGUAGGACCCUAUGCCAUGAUUUGGGGUCCAGGAUCUAUUCGUUCGAUGGACCGACGUGGUCUCAUGGAUCAGAAGAUUGUGGUAGAGUCUUUGGGUUUAAUCGAUCCCAUGAAAAUGAUGAUCAGUUACACACACUUUCCGAUAGAUAAGACAUUGGAAGUGAAAGCACUUGCCUCCGAAGUCUUAUCCUCUCAAUGUGACCAACAAAGGUUAUAUUCAUUUGAAUCGGAAAGGGCACCACCAGUAUACGAUCCAUCAUUCUUCUUGCCAAAUUUUGCGAGCUUGUUUUCAUAUGGAAAUCUAUUGGAUUGCCGAAAGCUUAUUGAAGUCAAUGCGUUAGGAUUCAUAUUGGUGUCAUUGUCGUCAACCGUUGAGGACGUGAGAAGGGCUGGUUAUUAUUUGAUGGAUGAGUUUUACAUUCUUCUGGAGAAUGCCAAUUUUCGUGAAAAGAAGCAAAUAUUAUUACUAUUGAAUUCCUUGAAGAAUUCUAUCAUAGGACGUGACGACGGAAAGCCACUUCAACGCUUGCCAACAAUAUUCACUGUAUUCUUUGCUCAUGCGCUAAACAUAUUUACAAAUCCUGCACAUUUCAUGUAUCCCUUGAUAAAUAAGUUUUUGUUGCAAAGACCAUUAAUAGACUUGGAGGACAUUCCGAUGUUUUAUAGCUUGUUUCACUCUUCAUCCGACAAUUAUCAAAAAGAAAGGGUGUGGAUUCUAAGACUCUUAUCUGCCGGAUUAAAAACCGCCGAGGACUAUCGUAUGUACAUGCGAAGACAUGUUUGGGACAUGAUAUCCAGUCAUUAUUGUUCGUCUCUUGCUGAUAGUGUGUCUUGUAAACUUGUAAUUGAGAUUUUAUUCAACUUCGCAUCAGUUCCUAGAGUCAUCACUGAUAUAACAAGGAACCGAGGAUUAUUGUCAUGGUUAUGGCAUUUAUGCCUAACAUCACAACCUUCAAUGUCUGCAAGUAAUUCGACAUUACUUGGACCGCGAAUAUUGCUUCGAGUGUUACGAGGAUGUAAAAACUCGGCGUUACAUGCAGUUAUAAAAGAAGCCACCCUGAUCGCAAGUGGACUGUUAAAAACAUUUGUUCCUCGGUCAGAAAAGAAGGAGAGUCUUGUGUGGUCACUUAAUUAUCUCGACUCCGUUCUUCGAAUAUUUCACUACUUGACCCUAAUUUCACCUACACCCGAGCGUAUCUUUACAACCUACCAUGCUUCUUGCAUUCUCACAUCACUUGAACAGUGUGAAUUACUUAAUCCAAAUAUUUUUACGGUCUACUCACCAUCUUCAUCAAUAUUAUACAUAAAUCACAACCGUCCUUCCCUAUCGGAUAGUUUGGAUGAGCUUUCUAUAUUAGAUCACGACAUUGUAAAAGUUUAUAGACAAAUCAUUAGAAUGUUAUUUGAGCUUGUUGUUAGUGGCGAUAUAUAUGACCUAGGGAUGGUGGACAAGGUAAUUUCUAGGACAUUGUCUUUGGGAGUUUCAUCCGAGGCAAAACAAUGGGCGAUUGAAUGCCUUUCGGCGAGUUUAAGUGACAGAUGA